AUGGCAUUUAAAUAUAAACCGUCGCUUGUGCGGUUAACACUGAUAUUAAGUUCGUUUGUUCUUGACGUUAUAUGCUUUACACCUCUACCCCGGUUUGCACAAAAUUCAGCACACAUUGGCAAUAGAAUUUAUUAUAUGGGAGGAUUCGUUUCUCUACCAGAACCCAUAAUAUCAGAUUUCUUUUAUUUGGAUAUAUCUACACUUACUUCAACAGAUUCGGGAAAAUUACCAUGGACGGAACUUACAGGUCUAGACAAUUUGUUUACAAGUUGGGGAACAGCGGUGGCCGGAGGUGCAAAUAAAGAUUUAUUUGUUCUUUUCGGUGGGCAAAUGACUCCCUCUGAAACCAGUAGUAUCGUAAUUGUAUAUGAUACUAAAAGGAAUACAUGGUCCAAACCUGAAAUUUCAACUUUGAACAUGUAUGAUACCAACUCUGCUGCUUGGAUUAACAUUGAAGCUACAGGUGACACUCCAAAUCCGCGCGGUGGCCAUUCCGCUGUAUUGACAACGGAUGGACGCAUUAUUAUUUACGGUGGAUCAUUUUUGAUUUCAGCAGAUGGAAGAUAUACUGCGGCAAGUCCUGAUUUGGCAGUUUUAGAAACCAGUAACAAUAAUUAUGUGUGGAGGAAUAUCACAGAUAAAGGACCAACAUCUAAUCUAUAUGCUUUAGGAACCAAAGAUAAAAACAAUUAUAAAUGGUUAACAUCAUUGGACAUUGAAGCAUCAGUGCCACCUGGAACCAUUAGUCCAGUAAAUAAUACAUCAUCAAAUACGGGAGCACUUGUUGGGGCAAUAAUUGGUAGUCUCAUUGGAUUACUACUAUUAGGGGGAGGAUUAUUUUGGUUUUAUAGGUUUAACAAAAAUAGAAAAAUGAUGGAAGGAGUAAUAGAAACUCCAGGAGAAUCUACAGAUGUUAGAUUUUCCAGAAGACAUGAAACAAUGAAUAGUGCUACAACAUCACAAUCUUCUUAUGAUUAUAGUAGAAAUUCAACAAAUACUAAAGUAGAAGAAGGUGAUCAUUCAAAGGAAUUUCCUCCUAGUAACUUAUCUAUUCAAUAUAAUCUUGAUAUUGACGAUGACGAUGAUGAUAAAGAAUUUAGAAUAGAUGAGAAAUUGCAUGAUAUUAUACAUAUAUGUAUACCUAUUUCAAGAUGUAAAUUUGUUUAA